AUGUUUCCUCCAUGGAUCAUUGCUCGCCAUCUCUUGAAGUGUUCUGUUCUUUCGCUCCACUACUCCAUUCAUCUGUGGUGUUCUAGGUGCCGAAAAUUGGUGAGCUAUGCCUUGUUCAUUGCAGAACUUAGUCAUGACCUCAUUCUGAAAUUCUCCCCCAUGAUCACUGCGUAUGCGCUUGAGGCUUCCUUUCUCAGUGAUAACUUGAAGAGCCCAAAUCUUGAAACUCGCCAUGGUGUCAGAUUUGUCACGAAUGAAGCGACCCAAGUGUAUCGCGAGUAA